CUUCGCAUGCAAGCCACCACGUCGUUCUGAUGGAACUUUUGCCGGCUGCAUUUUGAUGGCGCACACGCAGCAGAGCUGUCACCGUCCCGCGAUCAGUUGAGCUUUUCAUCCAAGCUUGGUUUGAGCUGGCCUCACGCGCUUCUCUUGCCUCGACUACUGUUCGGCUCGGCUUUGUGUUUCCUAUAGGCCCGACGAUGGACUCGGCUCGGUAACGAUCCGGACUCCUCUCCUUCCUGCGCCGAACAACCAACCAACGACAAAGCCGUCCAUAUUGCGCUUCGAGAUUGUGGAUUGCAGCCUGAACUCGGCCUAGCUGUAUCGGAUUCUGUUAGCGUCCCAAUUCCCUCUUCUAUCGCGAGGCGCACUCCUCAGCGACUGUUCCUGUGCGGAGCGGCUGGUCUCCUUUAUCCUUUAUACCUCUCCUCUCGCGCAUCGCGCGCCUUCUCGCCGCCAUGGGUGGCAUACUACUCCUCUUGGCCCUCUGUGUGGUCAUGGCCGUAGCAUCUUUCGUUGCCGGCGCACUACCUCUUUCGCUAAGCCUGUCGCAGUCACAGCUCCGACUAAUAUCGAGUAUCGGUGUCGGGAUCCUUGUUGGGACAUCCCUUAUUGUUAUAAUACCGGAGGGGAUCGAGGCGAUUGCGACCACUGGGACCCACGCAGGGUCGACAUCACACUCCCACGGCCCUAGAAAUACACCACCAGAUGUAUGGACACUCGGCCGACGGGGUAUUGCGGGCGUCGUGGAACAGUCGGGACGAAUGCCUGGCGAGCAACGAGAUGCUGUGCCGUUUAUUCGAAUUGGCGGGGCCGCGAAGCUCCAUGCGCGCGGGGACGAUGACUACCAAAGGUUAACACGAAGGCCCGUUGAGCAAAACGCUGCUGUGGCGAUGGCCGGCAAAGCUCGGAGACGAGAUGACCCACAAACAACGUCCUCGGAGGGUGGUCCUGGGCCGAAGCAAGAGACCAAGGAUCGCGAUGCGCCAUCGUUUCCAACCUUUUAUAUCGGCUUCUCGUUGGCAUUGGGCUUUGUCCUUAUGUUCUUGAUCGAUCGUCUUCCCCGUCAGGCUAUGGACCAAUUCCAGACGGCACCUACUACCAGACACAUCAGCUUAGAUAACUUGGCGUCUUCGAGCGCUGGUCCCGAGGAGGAAUCUGAAGGGUUUCUCGGCUCCCUUGCACCGACUCCCAGGCAAUCUCGGAGCCUGGCAACGACGACAGGGCUUGUCAUACACGCCGCGGCAGACGGCAUAGCCAUGGGGGCGUCAGCUACAACAUCCAACAUGAAGCUGGGCCUGAUAAUAUUCGUCGCCAUAAUGAUCCACAAGGCACCCGCGGCCUUUGGCCUGACAUCUGUUCUGCUCAAACAAGGUCUUUCUAAAAGAGCAGCUCGGGGACAUCUCAUCGUGUUCAGCCUCGCCGCGCCAGUGGGGGCUCUCGCCACAUAUCUCUUCGCGUCGAUGCUUGGCGGCCAGAGUCUGGAUGGUGAGACGGGGCAGUGGUGGACUGGAAUGCUUCUUUUAUUUUCUGGAGGCACGUUUCUUUACGUCGCCAUGCAUGCAAUGCAAGAGGAGACAAACUCGGCUCAUGAGCACCAUGGAGCUAUGAACGGCUAUGGAGAAAACGGAGGCCUGUCGGCAAAGAGACAGUCCCGUCCCCAGAUGCGGGAUACUGUCGCGACGGUUGUGGGGAUGCUUCUGCCCCUGAUCACUCAGCUUGGCCAUCAUCACUGAAGGCGCCCUCCAAAGUCGUGGCCGAGAACCGCGAAGCUCUCACCAUGAUUGCGGUGUUCCGCGGACAGCAUGUCAGAUCACUGGCCAAUGGCUGUGAGGAUCAUGCUAUUAUGCAGGUCACGAUUUGAAUAAAGAAGGAACGGUGGGACAUGCUCGUGGCCACAGGGUUGGCUGCUAUCAGAUGUGUUGAAAACAUCAAGACAAGAGGCCUGCGAACGGCGUUGGUGGGGCAUAUAAAUCAUUUGUGAAUAAGGGUAACGACGGAGACACAGUCGGCAGUUAUAUAUGCAGCAUUUCUGUAUAUCAUCCCCUUUGGGAGCCCGAAGAAAACUGUUUUCCAACCCAAUGUACGUAUCAUCGUAUGCGCUUUCAAGUGUGAUCCUCGUCCACCUCUAGGUUCUUGGAGCAGCAAUGCCCCAGACUUUCAGACUGGCAACGACGCUUGCAUCUAUCACUGUUAUUUGGCCUGUGAUGCGUGGCACCCGAAGUUGGUACAGGUUAUCUAGGUACCUAGGUUGGUCCCUGCCUAUUUAGCCGGCUGUCAUCUAUUUGGAACUCUCCUCUACCAGCACCUGGUUGCCUACCCAUCCAUUGUAAGCCCUGCGCCACCAGCGAAAUUUCCUCAACCCUUUGCAUGAGAUGUGCUGCAGGUGAGCCACCAUCAUACAUAACGCCAAGGGAGGCUGCGGCGAUUUUACCAUGUCACCCUGGUCGAUCGAUUUAUCUUAGGUGCCUAUCGUAGACACCUGCCUCC